AUGGAUUUUCGCAGUGGUUCGACGCUGAUUCGAUCGCGAAUAGAGGAGGUGCUCUCGCGACAUGCUCAUGAUGAUCAGGGCACACCAGGAGCUUUAAUAAAAGUUCUACCCGUAGACCCUGUCAUCCAAAACGGACCCCAAUGUGGGCUGGUUGCACUUUCAAUGGCGGCCCAGCUCCUCAGCUUGGAAAGAAAGGAUGUUUCGCAAAUAUUCGAUAUAGCUAAGAAGCUUGGAUUCACUAAUCAGGGAGAGAUGUUUUCAGCAGAAUGGUUGCGUCAAUUGGCUUGCUCAUUGUGGCCGAUACACUCCAUGGUCACCUCUGUUCCUGAUGCUUCCACGAUGAUCAAAUGGAUAGAUGGUGGUGCUGCCCUACUGAUUGCCUACGAUUGUGCGAAGAACUACGAACCAGCUAUGCGAAAUGGACACGGAGCUCACUGGGCUUUGCUGGUUGGGUAUCUAUAUGUGGAUGUGAACUCGACUGAUAUUCGCCCUGCUGCCAAUGUUGUUGUGGAAGAUGAAGGAGCUGUGUACGUCUUCGCAUAUCACGGCAAGAGCAAGCACAUGGGGCUGUGGUCAUACUCCAGCCUACGUCAGAGCUCUUUCAAUUUAUUUGAAGCUGGACCACAGCGGGAGGCACCCGACUUUGUUCUACCACAUGAUCACCUCUGUCAGCUACGAGGGAAAUGUGUUGUUCUAGAGAAGGAGGUUGCCAAAUUAUAG